AUGCUGCUCGUACCCCUUAUAGCAACCCUCGUUUCCCCAAUCCUCGUGCACUCUACGGUGCUUGAACCAGUCGACAUGCAGCUGGACGCGGUGCACACGGUCGACCGUCGCAUCGCCAGCGCCGUCACCGCCGUCAGCAAUGCCGGCAGCGCCUGGCUGAGACUGGCACACGCCGUCACCUUUGUUCCAACUGCCAACUGGACCCUCGAGGCAGCCCUUGACCACUAUGCUAACACGCUGGCACCCAUUGGCGAGAAGGACAUGGUCGACGCUGUUGCCCGGUGGUCGGCCGGCGCUGGCGCCGGCAGCGACCGCUCCAGUGACGCCGGCGCCUGGACCUGGUUGACAGCCCCGAUAGACGCAGCAACCGUGUCGUUGAUCAGACUGCAGAGCUGGCACCUGCGCAAACUCGUGGUGGACUCCCCAGAGGCUACCUCCGAGACCCGCCUGCAAGCGGCCAGCAGCGCCCUAUUGGUCGAGCAGGCCCUGCGUGCGCGCCGGACCGUCGUGCACAUGCUGACAUCCCGUUGCGCCAACUCCAACGCCGAUGGUGGAGCUGCCAUAAGCCCCCGCCGCAAGCCCACCCCAGACGAGUACCUUCUGUACUUGCGCAAGUUCGCUUUCUUCAUGGCACAGGCCACGAUCAUCGGGGCCUUCUGCAUGGCCGCCGGCAUGUUCUCCUGCUACUUCAUGUUUGCCAUCCUGCUCCCAGCAUCGACAGCCAUCUGGAUCUCUGUCAUCCUCCAGUUCCGUCGAGGAAUGGCGCUCCCAUGA